GUGCUCUUCUAGUAGUACAGCUCUUGGGAAGACUGUGGAUAAUUCAGAAGUUACUGAAGAAGAAAUUGUGCUCCCCCGAAAGAAAACCUGGGAUAAGCUAGCUGUUCUUCAGACGUUGGCUUCUACUGUGAAAAGGGAUCCUACUGCUGCUCACUAUAUGUUCCAGGAUGACCCUUUUCUUAUUCCAAGAAAUGCAGCCAGUUUUCGUCUGUUUUCAUUGUCGAAGGAGUCUGGGAGAAAUGCUGCAAAAUUCAUUAUUAAGCAAUUUCCUCAGUAUUUUGACAAGACUUUUUCAGAGCCCAACAUACCAUGCUUGAUGCCUGAGACUCUUACACCUCAGAUUGAAGGAGUGAGUGAGGAAGCUCUGAAGGAGCGUAUCCACCUCAGAAUGGUGAAAGAAUCUGUGGACCUGUUUGAUCAGCUCCUACAAGCAGGUAGCCCUGUGUCUCUGGAGACAACAAACAGCCUUUUAGAUCUGUUAUGCUUCUAUGGAGAUGGAGAGCCUACUCCAGAAAAACAGGAAGAAGAAAAACAGGAUCUGGAAGAAACAGAGGUGAAUGCUUCAGAGCAGAAGGCUCCAAAGAGACAAGUCCAAAGAGGUUUACAGGCAGCUGGCUCUAGGUGGAGGGAGAACAACAAUGCUGAAAGGAUAUUUAAGAUAAUGCCAGAGAGGAAUGCACACUCCUACUGCACAAUGAUCCGUGGGAUGGUGAAGCACGGUGCUCCUGCUAAAGCGCAUGACAUGUACAUAGAGUUGCUGAAUGAGAGACACAAGGCUGAUGUGCACACCUUCAAUGCACUGAUUACAGCAAUCCCCUAUCUAAAGGAGAGGUUCCUCGAAAGGUGGGAAUUGGCCAAGGUCUUCCUGAAUCACAUGGCUCAGCAGGAUGUCCAACCAAAUCUGCUCACUUUUAAUGCUUUACUGAAGACUCUGAGAAGAUGUGGUGGUGUGGGCAGAAACACGGCUAUAUCAGUCAUAAAGGAGAUGGAAGCACUUGGUAUAGAGCCCAGCCUGGCAACGUAUGACCAUCUUCUCUCUAUAUUUUAUAGAGGUGUUGAUCUUCACUCAUCAGGCAUCAUCUCAGAGGUACUCAAUGAUGUUGAGAAGAGGAAUUUCACGCCCCAGGACCCUGAUGAUGCCAACUUUUUUGUCACUGCUAUGCAAGUGUGCUGUGACCUGAAGGAUAUCAAGCUCGCUUAUCAGUUAAAUAAGGCAAUGGAGAAGGGAGACAACUGGAAGUUCUUGGACGUGGAUCGGUUAAAUGUCUACUGGUCAAGAUUCUUCUCCUUGUUGUGUAUGAUGGAGCAAAUUGACGUGGUGUUGAAAUGGUACAAAGAAAUGUCCCCUUCACUCUUCUAUCCAACCCCUAAAAAUAUAUUGGACCUCCUUCAAGCCCUGGAUGCAGCCAACCACUUGGAAAUGAUCCCUUCAGUCUGGGAAGAUAUGAAACAGCUGGGGUUCAGCAAAAAAAAGCUCUUGGCUUUGAUGAGCAGGGAGCAGCACCCUGAAGAGGUUCAGCUGGUGUUUGCCAGGUGUGCUGAGGACAUCAGGGCAGUCCAGGAGCAAACGAGGCGGGAGCAGGCGGCGCUGGACUGGAGCAGCAGCAUGCUGGGCUCUGUCGUGCUCCUCUUCUCCAGGGCUGGGAGGACCCAGGACGCCUGGACCAUGAUGGAACGUUUCCAGCAAAUCAGCAGGAUUCCCACUGGGGAGGUGAUGGAUGAGUUCUUGAACUGUGCUGUACGAACUAAUUGCCCAGAUGAGGCAAUUAAGCUGGUGAAGCUGGCAGCAUCCCUCGGCCUGCCUUCAUCUCAAAGGCUUAAAAGCAGGACGGAGAAGGAGUUUGAACUCUCUGAAAAGCAGAAGACGACGCUGGGGAGCAUCAAGUCAGAUGGUGACAGCAGUGACAGUGACAGCGACAGCGACAGUGACCGUGACUAG